CACCCACGGCACACAAGAUUUAUGUGGACUCGCGCAACUUCCGCGGAACUUGGUCGGAGUGUCAGUUCAAGUCUGCAAACAGCCUCGCUAGUUGAUACUCCGUUCAAAUCUUCACUCAUCCUCUUUUGCUUCUCAAAUUCGUUUGUUCUUCUACGGUUACACUCCUAGGAAUCACGUAUGACAAUCCACUCUCGUCUGACAAGAUAGGAGUGAGCUGUUUCUUCCGUCAUCACUGAAGAUCCCACACGUCCGCGAACCACGAAGCUGUCAUUGGCGGGAGAGAUUUAUGGAGGAUAGGACUUCAAAACCCUCUCGUCGUGUGUGCUGGUCUAGUUCAUCUUCAGACAUCAGUUCCUUUGCAGGGUAGCCAAAGAUCUCUCAGGGCCCAAGCCGGCCGGCAGUCCGACUUAACGUCCGCCUAAUUUCUAUCACGUGUGUGUCGCAUGUGAAGAAGAAGAAGAAGAAAAACUAGGCCGGCUGCCAACGGACUCCGCUUGAUCAAGACGUCGGGCCAAGUGUGCGUUUGUGUCCCCAACACUUCCUGCUGAAGUUCUCGUGGUUUGGGCUGGUGCCCAGUUGGCAAAGUUAUGGCGAGGUUCUGCAGCAAGUGGCUGAUUUGGCUGAUCCUGGAGACUUGUAGGGCUCAACACUACUAUCCCUACAACAGCCCUACCUACAACUACGAUUCCGACAGUCGAUAUUGUGUGGAUGAGAGCAGAUUCUGCCCAUCGUGGGCAGAGAGAGGGCACUGCAACAUCAACCCUGGGUACAUGUUGAAGAAAUGUCGCCUCAGUUGUAGACAGUGCAGCAACCCUCAACAACAACAACUUCAAGAACAACAGAGACAACACCAGCAACAGCAAACAAAAGGCCCUUCCUACCCUUACCGGCGGUACACGUCCUACUCGCAGGAUAACCGCCUGCCACCGCUUUCCAACCCUAUGCCCAGUUAUGCAAAUCAGGCUGUGCCAUACACCUCGUACUCAACCAAUCAGCAUAACCAGCCGGGCUAUCCGUACCCUGUAUCUAGCUACAGCCAAUCAGGGCCCGGGUAUCCCAGCCAAUCAGGUUCGAGUUAUCCCAGCCAAUCAGGACAAAGCUCACCGAGCUCGCAUAGGGGGUCAGACUAUGACACCACACACCGAGUUUCUAGCUUGAUAGGCAGAACAGGAGUGACCAAGUUACCGGUGACUAGCUCAGCCAGCCGCCGCCCGAGUGUUGACAAGUCAGGAGGGCGGGACAAGUUGGCACGGUUGACAAAUCCGCGUCCUUUGGCAUUGACGGCGUCUCAAACGAGUCAAGGUCAGGGGUCCAGAGUGAACACGUACAACAGAACAUGGGUUGAGCAGGUAAUUGGUCAUCAGUUCGAGAGUGAGGAGGCUUUUGUGGAGAUGACCAGGUUCAUCCGCCUGCGCGAGAACGUCACCAUGCUGUGGAAGUUCUUGGAGAAAAUGUCUAGCGAGGAGGCCAGACUGGAGUAUAUACAGACCCGUGAAUGUAACUGUGUAGACCGGGACCUCUUACCGUGUCCUGAGGAGGAACAAGUCAUCCCGAAGGGCGAGUGUUGUCCGAUAUGUGAAGAAAGCGGCUACACGUACGGGCACUGUCACAUGCGGCCCAACUUCUUAGAGGACCAGGUCGGCAUCAACGGUCACAUAGAUAUCAGGCAAAAGUUGACCGGUGGCAACAUCGAGGUACUGGUUGACCUUGUGGGGUUCGACGCACGUGACCCCGUCCACGGGUUCCACAUCCAUGCGGACGGUGACCUCAGCAUGGGCUGUGACACAGCAGGCCCGAUCUAUGACCCCUUCAACAAAUCACAUGGCGGACUCAACACAACAGAAAGGAAAGUUGGUGACCUAGGGAACCUUGACUGUGACGAGCUAGGUCGUGUGAUGAUGCUACUAGAGGUGGAGGACGCCUCCCUGUUGGGACCUUACUCUAUACUGGGCAGGUCCAUGGUGAUACAUGCAAACGAGGAUGACUUCGGCCACGGCGGGCAUGAGAUGAGCCCAGUGGACGGGAACUCGGGAGUGAGGCUGGCGUGUUGCGUCAUCGGUCGGACCAGUGACGCCGAGCUCAGAUGGGCAGCCGUCACGGAGCGGUAGAAGUGGUGAACAGAGUAACGACAAGACACGCCAAAUAACCGUUACUCAAGCGGCUGGAUGUGAUCUUGGAAAUAAUUAGACUUUUCAUGUAGCAUCCACUACGUUUCGUCAGUGACACUGAGCAAGAUCUGUAGUUACAGAGCAGGUUUUAUACUUUGUUUGUUUGUUUGUUUGUUUUAUUUGGAUCUCCAUUAGCGGUACCACCGAAGUGGUACCGCUAUUCUUCCUGGAGUCCGACACUUAUAGGUAUAUACAAUAAAAACGAACAUAAUCAACAAAACUUAUACACUUGGUAAACAGAACAGUAACUUAAAUUAUCUGAGGCAACUUAAAUUGAACGUGAGAGGUCAGGGGUCAAAAUAAAACGUCAGAAUUAUCUUCUGGUAUUUGUAUGCAGAAAAUAAAUGAAAAUAAUGAUUAACAAAACAUAAUAGACUAUACUUUAACUAUGAAUUGAUUCAUAAUGACGAUGUAAAACGAUUCAUGGUUAGUGUAUAAAGCCUGCUCUGCAACAGAUCUCUCUCAGUUUCACUAGCCCCCAACAGGCCUUCCUACGGGGGUACGGGGAUUGUAGGAUUCGGCCCAAAAAAUCGGAAUAUUAGCUAGGGGAGUCAGUUCUUCCUAAGAUUAAUGUUUCCCCUCCGGAGCGGCCGGCCAACUCCUCUGGUAGCAAAACUCCCCUGGCAAAUUAUUCUCCCUAUAGUAUAAUAGCCAGCGUAGUCAGUCUGGAAAUGACUACAGUAUCAUUGAGAAAGAUAGUGGAUGCACAUGAAACGUCUGACUGUUUCCAAAAUCCUAUCCAGUUCAUAUUUGGCGUAUAUUAUUACGUUGAUAUCUGAUUACCUUCAUAGACGUAAUGACAAAAUACACUCAAGUUUUAGGUGUGUCAGAUGAAGGUACUGUAUGCACCCCCCCCCCCCUUGUCUUGGCCUCUUUGUCAUGAUUUCCAUACACAUGUAUAAUCUGUAUCACUUGAUGCGUAGGGUUUGAGAUUGAAGAGAAGUGUUGAAAUAAACUUCGAGUCGUCGAGAAAAUAAAGAGAUGAAAACAAGACUGAGAGAUUCUCUAGUUCUGCCGCAGAUGAAUUUUACUGUACUAUAACUACCAGAACAUUAGAUCUGCAGUUCUCACUUCUAUCACAUGGCGUCUCUUCUGUUUGUACUUGUCUGUUCCGGUCAGGUCAAUUUCAUCAAACUUCACCACCAGCUGCACUUUAGAUUUGUUAUCGUGGCGGUUCCCCUAAGUCAGAUCAGUGAUUCCGAACCCCUUCUCCAAAUGUCAGUGUUUCUGGGGCAUGUCCCAAUUGGCACUGGUUCAUGCACGUCCGUAACCCCUAUGCCUGUUGCUGUAUCCAUAUCUUACAGCUUUGCUGGGUGCCCGGUUCCCUACUGGGCAAGUCGGAG